AUGCCUCGUGCUAGCAGCCAGGGUGUCCGUGGCCGUGGCCGUGGUACGACUCCUGGCGCACAACCUACCGUUGAUGAAUACGGAGUAUCCAUCACCCCAUUCCAACCGACACCCUUCCAAACCAGCGAAAACGACUCAAGAAUUGCAACGGAACGUCGGAUCGCUGCCAAUACUAUGAUACAUACCGAAGGCCCUCCGAUCGACACGUUGCAACAACACCAGUCUCGCCGUCGCAUAGGCCAACUUCCAGCGCAAGAACGGCUUAGGCCGUACGCCAUUCCAUCCACGCGCACCCCCAGCCAACACACGUCGUCUCGGGCUUCAAUGAGUACCAUCUCGUUGGAUGAUCUCAACGACGAUGGUACCCGUUCGCAACGUUCACAACGUGCGAAACGUGGCUCAAAACAGAGCGCAAAGGUAAAACCCUCCAAUAUCGCGUUCUACGACGAGAACGACAAAAAGAACAUCUACCACGCACGAAAACUCGUCGUGCUCGAUAUGAUACUCAAGACCGGUUGGGAGGCUGAUCGAAAUAUACUUGUGGCUAUCGCUGAAGAAUGCCUCUCUUCAGCAUGCGCAAGGAACGCGCACCUCACUGAACCUACCGCCGGUGUCAUUAAACUGGUAUUGGACGAGCUAUCGACUGUGCGGGGAAAACUGGUUCAGGAUGCCGAGGGUUACCUCUCGGCUCUCGGCCUCCAGCAUGACACUAGUACUAUGUCCGAAGAAGAUCAAACGGCACGCAUAGUAGCGCGUGCGAACCUCAUCUUGGACGAGCAGAACCUCCAGGAUUACUUCCUUCACGGUUGGGAUGCUGACCGCGAGAAAAUUCUCGUGUUUUCGGCCCCAGCCUAUCUCAAAUUUCACGAGGCUUUCUGGUUCGGACGAAGCUCGCCUUUCCUCAACGAUUCAACGUCGAGGGCACGGAUAUCAAAACCAUCGUGGUUCAUGUAUGAACUUACGGGCGCUGCACUAUAUUGUAUUAUUCGCCAUGCUGCUACUGGCCAGCUUUCUAAAAGCCAGAAUACCCUACAUUUUACUAUGCAAGAGUUCCAACCGGUCGCAUUGGGAAUCCGGAACACGAUCAAACGAUACCUGGACCAACCUGAGCUCGAUGACAGUGAGUUCUUGCCCCGCAUGACGGCUCACCAUGAACAGUGCUUAAAGACUCUCAGAUCUCGCACAGGUGAAGCAUCACCUACCAAAAAAUACAACAUAUACGUUCCCUCCUCCUCGUCGGAACUAUAUCGAUCGAGGACGAGUACCUCCGCAUCAACGCUAUCGUCCGACUCCCUACCAUCUUCGCUUCCAAACCCACUCACGUCGUCCUCGUCUUCGACGUCGUCUAAUGUGUCGUGGUACCCCGGGCCUCGUCAAAUUGUAGAUUCCCCUCGGGUAACGCAGUAUACGCCAUGCGUUCCCGAUAGCAUUCCGCAAGGGCCCUUCUUUUAUGGCCAUGAAGCGCCUUUGGGCUCCCAGCCUCCACAAUAUUACAUUCCGCCGGUGUUACGGCCCUAUAGAGAACCCGAGGCAUCAUUAGAUGUGCCACAGCACGAUGGUGACGAUUAUUUUGGGUCGCUGGCAGGAAGUUCGAGUUCACUGGCAGGCUGGGGGGGUAACCAUGAGGGUAGUAGUCGGAGGGGGCCCUUGUCAUGA